GUCCCUACUGCUACCUUUUGCUGCAUAAUGCUGCAUAACGCUCAUGUAUAGAAUAUAUAACCACCGACAUAAAAAUAAAUAAAAAAACGUAAUUUUCAACUCCUACUCUUACUUAGCUGAAAAUCGUUGAGCAUUAGACUUUUGGUUUGCAGUGACAUCUAUUUAGUAGCAAUACUGAGAGUUCCGCUACUUGACGUUAGAUGUAGACUACGAAAAUGUUAGUAAUUUUGGUAACAAAACCGUUGUAUGAAGUGAGCAAUCUUGGUCUUCUUAAUUCUCUUUGAUGGAGGUUGUCCGAUUUGAAUAUUUAGGUACUAGUCUCUGGUUUUAAUAGGCUUGGAACGUUAUUACAUUGUAGUUAUCUAUAAUACGAAAUAUAUGUACAUAAGCAUAAUAAGUGCAUCAUAAUAAGAUUAACUCUAUCAAAAAUUAAUCGCAAUCGCGCCACUUAAUUUCGUAGGUUAUCUUAUCUCUAUAAAUUCUCGUCGUCUAGUGCUAUCUGAAUUAAACAGUAGACAUCAUGAGUUUCUCCGGUAAAGUUGUCCUGGUGACUGGCGCGAGCUCCGGCAUCGGCGCGGCUGCCGCGGUGCUAUUCGCUAAACAAGGGGCGUGCGUCGCGCUCGUAGGCCGGAACGAAGCCAAACUCGCCAACGUCGCUCAACAGUGCGGGCAGCACGGACCACAACCCCUCGUCAUCAAAGCCGACGUUGCUGACGAACGUCAGGCCAGCACCAUAGUUCAACAAACCAUCGAAAAAUUCGGAAAAUUAGACGUUCUCAUCAAUAACGCUGGCAUUUCCAGGCAAGGCUCGUUACUCGAAGGCAACAUUCUCGAAGCAUAUGACGUUGUAAUGCAGACGAAUGUCCGAGCUGUAAUCCAUCUCACAACAAUAGCCGUGCCCCAUUUGAUAAAAACAAAAGGCAACAUCAUUAACACGGGUAGCACUGCGGCUCUUCAUGUUCCUAAGUUACUAACCCUGACAUCAUACUGCGUGUCCAAAGCAGCUUUAGAUCAUUUUACCCGCUGCGCUGCGUUAGAGCUGGCACCGCACGGUGUAAGAGUUAACAGCGUCAAUCCUGGCCCGGUGAAGACUGAUAUACUGGAAAACUGCGGAUGGCAGAAUGCAGACGCUAUAUGGGAAAAUUACAAGAAAAGCACGGCCCUCAAUAGGAUAGGAGAGCCCGAAGAAAUUGCUGAACUCAUGUUAUUUUUGGCCAGUGACAAAGCCAAGAGCAUUACUGGGUCUAUCUGCUUAUCUGAUAACGGAUAUUUACUCAAACAUUAAUGUUUAUUAACACGUUUAGGUACAUUUAAAUGCCAAUAUAGUUCAUUGUGUAGAUAAGAUAGAUGCUAAAAUUUUCAGCACGAAUACAACUAGUUCAAAUACUUA